AUGGCCACCGCCAGCAGCCCUCGAUACUCCACCACGGGCCGCCACCACUCACACGGGUCGUCUCGUCCUGUCAUUCCAGAAGGCGGCCCUCCACGUUACGACAUGAGGCCAUUUCGUCCUGCAUACUCGCCGAACCCGGAAGCCAGCCCCGCAGCAUUGGCCCGAUCGCCGCCUCCGAGGUCCCAUCGGACCUACAUGCAACCCGCACUGCAACAAGCUCCUCCACACCCUGAGAACUUCAGCGGUAUGGGUAGACAAGCGGAAGAGCCUGGUUUCUACAUAGACGCACGUCUUCGCAACAUUGAUGCGCGUCUUCACAACAUGGAGGCAUCAGUCGCCGAACGCGUCUUCAUGCAAUCGCAGUCAUCGUCGACGCCCCCGCCCGACAGAUUUGCAGCCAGGCAUGGUUCUGCCCCGCAAGCAUCGGACGGGGUGGUGCGCUACCUCCUAGAGGUGACGGAGGACUUACGGAGGCGUGUGGAGGCAAUAGAGGAACGCCCCCGUGAUAACGUACCAAUUCAGAUAGUGGUGCACCAAUCUCCUUCAGGAAGCACAUCUGGCAGCGAUCAGCCUUCUACUCCCCCUGCCGUUCCGAUCUUGCCACCCACACCCGUGAUAUCUGAACGCAGUGCUCAAGAGAUUUACACUUACAGCUCCGAAGAGCCCUUUGCUCCGAUUAGACGCGUUUCUGCCGAGGAGUUUGAUAGCGGGACCCGGCUUGUCCCAUUUAUGGACAUUACGGAGGCUGGAUUAGCUGCUCUCUUGUACCCGUUCUUCUCUAGCGACAUUCCACUCGCUGCGGAGGCAGUGUCUGAGACCAAUAUCCAGCCCGUUGUCGCUCCCUCGACGUAUGGUGGCACCGAGGCAGGGGAUCAACAUGAGCAGCCUGAGUGGCCUGAGACUCUGAGUCUAUCUUUUCAACACUCAUCUCCCAAAAAACAAAUGGCAGUGGCACCUCGUUUGGACGAACCAUUGUCCCCAGACUCGCAAAAUUCACAGCCCAGUUCCGUACAUUCUCCUCAGACGCCGGAGUCCCCUUUGACGCCUCCUCCUUGGACCCCAUACUCCGCUCCGGCGCCUCUCCUUCAGAUACCAGGGCCCACUCUGGCCCAUCAGCAGGCACCGCAACAGGUGCCAAUGGUUGUAGACUCUCCUGACAUCGGAGGAGCGCUGCCCGCCUUGCCGCAGGAUGUCUCGCAGCCAUUUGCGCUGGUACACCACCUCUUUGGGGUAAUAGGGAGUUUGGAGUCGCGUGUGGCGGUCCUAGAAGGACAAGUGUCCGGUGUUCGGCCCCGCGGCCACACUGUAUCGGGCAUUUCAAUGGUACCACCUUCGCAGCCCGAGGGAAGCUUGCCAGAAAGUGUGUCCUACGCCGGCUACGCGGCAUCUCCUUCGAUGCUGACCAGGGAGCAUUCCUACGUCGUACCACUUUCAAUGGCAUCUCCCAUGCUUGUGCCUUUCCCGAGCUCUUCUUCUUACUCUUCCGCCUCUCCAAUCGCCAUCCCCGAGACCGACGCUCAAGGUGCCCAAGGGUCUAGGAAACCCUCUAUCGCGGUAUCCGCCCCGAUGGAGCCAUCUGGUGAGAGGUCUGCUGGUGCACCAGUGACCAUUCAAAAUCAGGCGACGACUCAUCCGGACACAGGAUCCAGCCUUUGGUCGCGGGUCACACGGUGGUGGCAAGCCCAGCCUUGA